AUCAACUUUUGGCGCCCAUUCGUGGCCAUCGGUAUAUUCGCGGCCACACUGUCCGCAUCGUUAAGCAAUCUAAUCGGCGCCUCUCGAGUGCUCGAAGCCGUCUCUAAAGACAAUUUGUUCGGUAAACUUCUUCAGCCAAUAAACCGUUUCUCACGCGCCGGGAAUCCGAUCGCCGCCGUAAUCGUCACGUGGUUUACGGUUCAGUGCAUUAUAUUAAUUAAUAAACUCAAUCUCAUCGCACAAAUCACAUCCGUAUUCUUCUUGUUGUCCUAUUUCGCCAUAAACUUGGCCUGUCUUUCGCUUACACUCACCUCUGCGCCCAACUUUCGGCCCUCUUUUAAGUACUUCUCCGGAAAGACCACAUCUAUAGGAAUGAUUGGCUGCAUUGUAAUGAUGUUUGUAAUUAACCCGCUCUACGCCGCUAUCACUAUAAUCAUGUGUCUACUUCUUGUGAUUGCUCUGCACAUCCGUUCCCCUCCCGUCCGCUGGGGAUCUAUAAGUCAGGCAUUGAUUUUCCAUCAGGUUCGCAAAUAUCUACUACUUUUGGACAGUCGUAAGGAUCACGUGAAGUACUGGAGACCGCAAUUUCUUCUAAUGGUGUCAAACCCGAGAUCAUAUGUGGUCUUUCCGGAGAAGUACUUAAAAGAGGGCCGAAAGUUGGGCGCAGAGGUGAGUGUAAGCGAAAGACAGGCCAAGUUUAUGGCGAAA